AUGGCAGCCAGCAACGAUGAUGCACAAGUGAACAUCGAUGAUCUGAUUGAACGACUUCUUCAAGAUGUCGCUGGAAGAAAUGAAUUUCUUAUGCGAGAAAUCCGAAGAAAUCUUUCUCAAUCAACCCGUACUUCUCGACCUGCAAGCUCCGAUCACUAUAUGUGGUAUACGAUAAAAGUUGAAAAUCUAACUCUUGAAAUUGCUACAUAUGCACUAGGCAGCAUACACGGUCAAUAUACUGAUUUACUUCAUCAUUUUGAUCAAGGCGGUUUUCCACCUCAAACAAAUUACCUUNAAUCAUCUCACCAUCCAGAGAAUCACUAUCAAAGAUGGAUUUAUACAUAUACAUUUAUAUCCAAAUAUUAUCCAUCAGAAAAAGUUCUACGAAGUAUGCAACUAAUCGAUAUUAAAUGUCAGAUUCAAUUAAUGAAUUUGGCUUAUUUGAUAUUUUUAAAUGAAAAAAUUCCUAAACCACAAAAGUUAGUAACAAAUUUAUUGGAAAAACUACAAAUCAAUACAAGAUCGGAUUGCUUAGUUUUAUUACCAAAGAUUCUUGAAAUAAUCCACGAAGAAAAUCUUGAUAAUUCAACAUGGAUGAUCGAUGUACAACAAUGGAUCAUAGUCAUUUGUAAAUCAUCAACAGAAUCGAUUGAAGAAAUACUUCGAACUUUACUUUCUUAUUUGAAUCAAUCGACAACUUCUCUUUCAUUAUCAACAAAACAAUUUCUAUUCGAUCAAUUAAUUGAAUUAUUCCUGAAGCUAAACAAAGACAAUGAACCGAACACGGAUUUAUGGGAUCGUUUUGGUUUACUAUCAAUUCUUAUUGAAUGUGUUUCGAACGUUGACCAUUAUGAAAUUUUAUUCCAUCCAUCGAUGAAAACCAAUGAUCAAAAAAUUAUUCUAUUUGAUCUUUACUUUUUUCAUCUUCGUGCUCUAUUAAAACAUCAAAAUAUUAUACUUGCAUUUUUAAACAAAGGUAUGCUUCUUAGAUUAUCAAAUAUCCAAACAAAAGAGAAGAAAAAUCUAGCUGAAAGUUUAUUUAAACAGUUGAAAAAUUAUUUUCUUUCAAUUAUCAUGGCACUUUUACUCAUCGAUAUCGAAUCCAAUGAAAAUGAUGAAAACGACAUUCUAAAAGCAUUUUCAUGUUUAAUAGAUGAUCUGUUUUCUAUUAAUCCUACAAUGGAAUGUCUUCCCGAUUAUCUUAAACUCUUUCUUUCAACCAUUAUAUCAAAGAAAUCUUGGGAUUAUUUAUUCAAUUUAUUAAGAUCGGAAAAACUACGAAUGAUAAACAAAGAUUGGACAACAGUUCUUUAUCGAUUACUUCAUUUAAAUGAAACGAAUGAUCAAAGUACGAAUUUACAUUUAUCACAUCAAAUUCAGUUUACUUUUUCAACAAAUGCAAAUAAAUCUUCGAGUUUUCCUGAUCUCCAUCAACCAUAUGAAACAUUACGAAUACUGAUGAAAACAUCAAUAGAAAAUAAUACCGGCGAAGAUGUAUGGCAAGAAGUCAUUCAUUGGAUGCAAAAUCAAGUAGAUUGUGAAUCACCAGAGAUGAGUGUUAAUCAAUUAAAAUCCAUGUUAUUCUUAAAUAUUUACUAUGAUUAUUAUUGUACUAAUCAAUUAGAAUCAGUUCGGGCAUUCGUUGAUGUGCUUCAAGAGUUAUCAUUCUUUUCUGAGGAAGAAUUCACUGUAUUUCGUGCUUUAGUAAAUCCUGAACAAUAUAUCAUAGGCUAUCAUUCGCCUGAUAAUGCUAACUCAAUAAAUAAACUUUUUCAAAUCAAUUGUCAAACAAGUUUUGAAUUAUCUUUACGUCAUUUAUUAGUAAAUUUAAUGGCAAUGAUCCUAUUAGGCGAUGAGAAGUCAUUUCUUUGGACAUUUGCAUUCGAUCCAUUGUCUUUAGAACAUACGUACGGUUUUGGGUCGACAUACCAAUCACCAAUCGAAUCAGAUGGUGUGCAUUACGAUUGUGGAUGUGUCAUUACUGAAGAUGGUGUUCUUGAACGAUCAUUCGAUUCAGCUGAUAACAGUGGAUUAAGCGUUCCAGCUGUAUAUGUGGCUUAUUUUUCUACAUUUGGUGCAUUGGCUUGGCAUCUAUUAACAUGUGACAGAGGAGCUGCAACUUUGUAUGGUCCAAUUUUGUCACCAAGGGCAAUCGAAACAACUGCUGAUGAUCAUAGAGAAAAUGAUCGAGAUACGCUCACUAAAGUCUGUGAUUUUGUCUAUGCUAGAUUGUCGUCGACGUUUGAUUUUCUAUCCGUUCGAUUAAAUCAUGAUGAUGCUUGUCUUUUAUUAACUCGUUCUUUCGAACAGAUGGCUUCUUUAACUGAUACAAAACAAGAAUGGAUUCAGCCCGUUUAUAGAACAUUCGAUGAAAAGCAAAAUGCUGAACAAGAAUUUGAGCGACAUGUUUUCUAUUAUGUAUUCGAUAGAUUAAUUAACUAUAAAGCUGAUAUCAAUCAUAGAAUUCUUCAAUCACAAAUUCAAAUCAAUCUUCAAGAUUAUUGCGAUCAAAUGCCAUUCACCAUCGAAUUUCAACAUUUUCAAACACUACUUAACCAUUCCAAAAUAGAAGUUUCAUCAAAUUUUCAANAUGCUGAACAAGAAUUUGAGCGACAUGUUUUCUAUUAUGUAUUCGAUAGAUUAAUUAACUAUAAAGCUGAUAUCAAUCAUAGAAUUCUUCAAUCACAAAUUCAAAUCAAUCUUCAAGAUUAUUGCGAUCAAAUGCCAUUCACCAUCGAAUUUCAACAUUUUCAAACACUACUUAACCAUUCCAAAAUAGAAGUUUCAUCAAAUUUUCAACUUCUUCGAUUGAUUUUGGAUUCAUUCAAUAUUUUAAAAGUAACAAAACUAAUCAUUCCACUUACACGGUUUUACCUUCUUUUACAUCACACAUACACACAAUUAAUUAAACAAGAUGAAUUAUUUACAAUUUCUCUGAACGAAUUACUUGAGCGUGCUGAAAGAUGUUCUUGUCAAUACGGUAGUUCAUAUAAUCAAAGCGAAAAAGAAAAUCAUCGACAAAUCAUUCAAGAAGGUAUUGAUGCGGUCAAUAGUUAUCAUCAAUUUUCUAAUGGACUUAUUCAACCAGGUGCUUGUAAUCAAAUGGAAAAAUUUUCAACAAUAACCUUUGAUUCGCCAGUCAAUGUUUUACUCACAACGAGCAAUUCAGACGAAGGAAACAUUAUUAUCAGAAUACUCACUGUUUUAAUUCGACGUCACGAUCGUAUUUUGAGAGUAUUAUCAAAUGAAAUGUGUACAAAUAACCAUUACGAUCACAGUACUUUGAAAUGUUUAGUAAAUGACAUAACGUCAAAGAAGAUUUCCAUUCUACAACUAAUUAAUCAUAAUACUGGCAUUAUAUCAUUAGAUGAACAAGAUUGUCAAUGGACUCAAAGAUUAUGUCAAUCAUGCAUAAUUAGCAAUGAUGAGUAUGCUUUUAUUAAUAACAAAUCUUCAUUUACGUUUGAUUUUGAAUACAUUCAAUCACAAAUUAUUCGAAUCUAUUUACUUUAUUGUGAAAUAAACUAUGAUCAUAUCACUCAAAUUUAUCAAUGUUACAUCGAACAAAUGUCAACAAAAACAGAGAACGAAGAUUUAGACCUGCAUGAGAAAUAUAUGCUAUUAUUUAAUAAUGAACAGAUUGAGUCUGAAUGGAAUUAUUUGAAAACUAUACCUUUAGAUAAACUUUAUAAUUCCUUUACAUUAUUAAAACAAAUUGCCUCAUCAUUAAAAACGUCUUCAAACGAUCUUGAUCAACCAAGUACUCUUUACAGUUUUCUUGGUUCAACCGAUGAAGGCCGUGAUUUACUUGAACGAAUAAAGCAACAUGGAAUUCGCGAUUUUUCUUUAUGCUAUUUAAAUCAUAUGAUUAAACUUUAUGCACAAUCAAUAAACGGAUUUGAGCAUUUAUUUGCAGAUGUAUCACCUUUGUUACGAAUGUCCAUUGAACCUCAACUAGAUGCCGAAUUAACUCAACAAUUUGAUGAGCAUAUUCUACAAUUAAAUUAUGAUAAUAGUAUAGAGAAAUUUCAAGAAAUGAAUCAAAUAAUAACCGAAUUCCUCAAUGAUUUAAAGGAUUCAAAAGAUUUAAUGUUACAACAAUCUUCACAAUGCUUUAAAACAACGUGUCAAAUUCUUGAGAUACAUAAUCCGAUUUUACAAUGGAUACCAGAGGGAAUUCGUUGUGAAAAUUAUGUGGCAAUAAAUAUUCAUCUCAUUCGAAUACGAUCGAUUCUUCAGGAAUCAAAAGUUAAUGUCGAAGAAAAAACAAUCAGAUUAUGGCAAGAACAAACAGAAUGUGAAGAUAACGAUUCUGAAACACAUUCACACUUGGCUGACCCAGACGAAUAUUCGGAAUCCGAAGAACUAGAUUAUCACAGCAUGUCAUCUUCACCAUCAGUAACAAGACAGAACUCAGUUGGUGAAACUAAUCCAACGUAUUCGCGUUCGCCAUCACAACAACUGGAAACAUCUGAAAUUGAACCUUUAAUUUAUGACUCAUUAUUCCAACUUAGCUUGAGAUCAGUAUCAUAUUUAUCAUUGAAAUUUAUGCAAAGUUUACAUCAGUAUCGAACAGAACGUAUCACGGAAGCUGUAAGUGCAAGUAGUGCACCAAGAUUCAUAGUUACACUUCCUGGUGAAAAAUUGAUCGCACCAUUCAUGUGUAAAGCAGAGAAAUCUCAAGCACGUCUAAAGAAAAUCUUUGAUGAUAAUCACUACGAUCAUAAUGAGUUCGCUUUAAUUGAUAUCAAUCAAAUAUUCGUCGACAUAAAUGAAGAUAAUUUUCUUCCACUACAAAAAUCACCAAUUGAAUAUCGUAUCGUUAAACGAGAAGAUCUAGUUUGUGUGAAAUUCCAUUUUCACUCAUUAAACAUCGAAUAUGUCACAACAAUUACAAAUCAACUCGAAACGAUAAUCAAACAUUUUAUUAAUAAUCAUAUUCAAUCAAAUGACAAUUAUCUUUGUUUCUACGAUCAAUAUGGAGCUUUAAUUGAGAAUGUUUGUAUCGAAAAUGUAUUUGAUAAGAGUGAAAAAUGUGUGAACAUCGUAGUAAAAGAAAAGACAGUUGAUGAUAACAGUAUAUGCGAAAUAAAUCUGACAAGCAAAGAAAAUGUACAUCAAUCAACGAUUUUCUUCGAUUUGGAAGCAACAUGGUUCAAUAUUGAGCAAUGGUUGAAAGUUUUUUGUCAAAGAAAUCAUCUCUCUGUUAAUGAUUAUGCUUUUAUGAUGGCAAAAGAACGAAUACUAUGCGAGAAAACUGAAUCCAUUGGUUCAAUUAUAGAUGCAACGCAAUCGAGUCUAGUCGAUGUUAUUAAUCAACAACUGAUCACUUCCGUAACUAUUUCAUACGAAAAUAAGAGUGAAAGUUUCCAUGUUCUGGCAUCGAUGAAAAUCAUCCAAUUAUUCAAAGAUAAAAAUUUCCAAGAAAAUUUUAAUAUAAUCGAUCACGCACUGACGAAUUUCAUGGUGAAUUUAGAAAAAGAAAACGAAAGUUUGACUCUUACGGAAGAACAAAUGCAACAAUCUAUCGAAACGUAUCGCUCAGCAUCGAACGAUUCACUUCAUUUUCGAUUGUUUAUACCAACAAGUAUCAUUAUAAAAUACAAUGAAGAGAUCAUUCCAUUAGUUUUGCAGACGCGAAAUAUAACAAUUCGAGAAAUAUUGAAAAAACUGGAUGAAUCAAUGAUUCGUCAUCGAUGUUUAGUUUUAAAAGAAACACAAAGAGUGUUAGAAGGAAAUGAAAUUCUUUCAGAUUUAUGUGGAAUUGAAUUUCUUUUAGUUGAGGAAAACGAAAUACGUCACGUUUGCAUUCAAUUUGCAGAAAUCAAUAUUAAACAAUGUUUUAUUAAACAUGCGACAAUUGCCGAUUUAUGUAAAGAACAAAAACUUAUUCUUGAUACUCAACAUGUUAUCUAUUCAAACAAAAUUAUUUUAUUACCAGAAACACCGUUAACUUGUUUUCAAUCAAAAACACCAAUAUGCUUUUCCAUUACUGAAAACAAUUUACCCAUUCGUGUUACAGUGAAAGACGAUCAACAACCGCAAAAGUCAAUCACAUUUUUUUGUGAUUCUUCAAUAACUAUCGAAGAUCUUCGUUCUCUUUCUUGUCACUUCUUGUGUGUAAUCGAAGAUGGUGCUAAAUUAGCGUUAACUGAUGGGACAAUACUCGGCGAUGAUCUGUCUUUAAUGGACAUUGUUGAAAACCUGACGGAAAUAGAGUUUCAACUCGGUACUCCGCUCUGCUUGUCUUGUUCAAUUACAUGUUCAAAUCAUACAAUAGUAUUGCCUUGUCAAUUAAAUCAAACAAUCUCAUCAUUGGUCAGCGAUUUAUUCGAUCAACUUUCGAUUCUAUCUGAUCAAAUGGAAACGUAUACAUUAUUUGCUUUGGGUACAGUGGAAACUGGAAUCGAUGUCGAAUUAUCGAUUGAAGAUAUAAAAGAUUUAUUUCCUCCGUCAACUUCAACAAUUAAGAUCGAACUGAGAAAAUGA